AUGAAGAAAAUUUCAAAAUGUUCUAAUUGUAUAACAAAAUACCACAAUAGAACCAACACUUGCAUCAGUGACAUGAGACCAUUUAAGGAUACAAUUGAGACUGAUUUAAUUAAAUCCAGUGACUCUUUUUUUAUUAACGAAAUAUUGUUUUAUAAACAAGAACAUGAUUGUUUUACAGUUGAAGAAGAUGAAUCAACUAUUCCAGAAAUGCUAAGUGGUCUUCAAGAUGAUUAUAAUUCAUUUGUUUCACAGACUAAAAAAUAA